CGUGUCGGUCCCCGUUCGUCUGUAUGGGCUGAACCCAGUGUGGUUGGUCGAGCAGCCAAAGAAUUCUCCGAGAUUGAACAAAUGCUCGCUGCAGCUGAAUAUCUGUGCGGACCGUACGUUUGGAAAGUGUAUGACGUGUUAGUUUUGCCACCUUCUUUCCCCUACGGCGGAAUGGAAAAUCCGUGCUUAACAUUUGUUUCCCCCACCUUAUUGGCUGGGGACAAAUCACUGGUGAAUGUUAUUGCGCAUGAAAUCGCUCACUCGUGGACGGGUAAUUUUGUCACAAACUUGAAUUGGGAACACUUUUGGCUGAAUGAGGGUCAUACCAUUUACCUGGAACGACUAAUCAUGGAACAGCUACAUGGAACACAAAUGCGUCAUUUGCUGUUGGCCAUCGGCUACGAGGAGUUGAUAAAAGAGGUUGAGCACUUGGGCGCCACUAACGAAUUCACCCGUUUGGUCACAAAGUUGGACGGUGUGGAUCCGGAUGUCUCAUACAAUCGGAUUCCCUAUGAGAAAGGCUCUUUGUUGUUGUACUUUUUGGAGACUAAAUUUGGUAAAGAAAAAAUGAUGCAUUGGUUGAAAGCGUACGUGAAACACUUUGGUGGAUCCACUCUGGACACUGAUACUUGGGUUGAUUUUCUAUCGAAAACCUUGGGACCUGAAGUGAAAGGUAAGGAUGUGAACUGGGACGAGUGGCUACACGCUCCCGGAAUGCCAUCAUGGAAACCCAAGUUUGAAGCCGAGGAAGCCAUCACCCAGUGUGAUGAACUGAUUGCCUUGUUGGAAUCAGACGAAUUGCCUUCGAAGCCUGCAAUGACCUCGUCCGUUCUCAAACUGUGGAAGGAAUUGUCCCCAAUCCAACGUGAAUUAGCUUUGCGUCGUCUAAAUAAACGAUCUCCUCUGAAGCACGAAAACCUGCGCACCAUCGAUGCCGCACUGGAAUUAUCAAAACAAAAGAAUGCCGAGUUGCGUUUCGAAUGGUCUCAUGCGUGCAUCCGAUCACAUUACUUACCGGCUUUGGAUAGUUGUUUGGAGUUUUUGAACAGUACAGGAAGGAUGCGAUACACCCGACCACUGUAUAGAGAGCUGAAUCUUUGGUCUGAGGUGCGCUCACGUGUUCACGAAAAUUAUAAAAAACAUCGUCCGUUCAUGCACCGAACAACAGCCACACUGUUGGCCACCGAUUUAGAGCUCCGUUGA